AGUCCUUAUCUUUAUAUUUUUCAAAAAGAAUUUGCCAUUUUCGUCGUCGUUAGUCGGUUCCAGGAAGUCCGUAAGAAACAACAACAGCCCGCGUGCGUGUUACUGGUCUGCUUUAGCUCGUUUGCUAAUGCCUUACUGAGCUCCAGUCUCUCCGCUAGCUAGUUUGUCAACAGCGAUCAUACGACAGCUAGCUAAUGGGCUGUUGUCAUGUUAUGUUAUGCUAACAUUAUGUGACACGGGGUUAUCUUAUCUGCUUCGUAUAACAAAAUAGCCACUUCGUGGGCAUGUAAGCACUCCCUGUAGCUUGCUAACAUAGGUCACCGCCAGCCAAUCCUUAUUAAUCGUUAUAACUGUUUAUCUGCCUCCUCAGGUCACUAUGAGCAAACACGAGGACUCAUGGGGCAGGCUGGACACUGAGUUUGACCAUUAUCUACUGGACAUGAAGCCAUUUGUCCUCAAACACCCUAACAGGACAGAGCGCCAGCAAUGUGCCAUAUGGAUAAAGAAGCUGUGUGACCCAGCCACAUGUGGUUCGGGUCUGAUAGGUCGUAAGAACCGCAACAUGUAUGCCCGUCUGCUCCUGCACAUGCUCAAAAGAGGGGUCCUGGAGUUGCCUUUUACCUGCAAACCAGGGCCUGGCAGCCUCAAGACACUCCCUGCAUACAUGUCCAUCUACUUUGACGAGCCACUGACUGGUUGCUCUGUGGGGCACAGCAAUGCUGGUCUGCCUGACUGGGUGACAGGAGAGCUGGGUGGCUACACUGAUGACAGUUUGGCUAUCGGUAUGCUUAAGGACAGACCAAGUUCCACACCUGUUGGAACACAUCACAGGAGAAAGCUGUAUGAGGAAAAGGCCCCAUCAAAACCUACGUCUUCCAGUCCACUCAAACAUGAUGCCAGGAUGGUGGAUGCGGGGCUGAAGGCAGGUAUGUCUCCCGAUGACAGUGACCUGGAGGCUCGUCUCAACAGCUGGAACCUGGGGAUCGAAAACCCUAGGUAUUUGCGAGAGAAGCCCAUUGCCUUGUCUCCGAUUUUCAAGUCAAGCUUUGGGAGGAACAGCACCUUGGCCGAUGAUCAGGGCCCACAGCUUGUACAGAGCAAGGAAGUAUGCACAACAACUGAGAUGGAGAUCAAAGUUCUGGAGGCCAAGCACCAGGAGGAGAAACUGAGGCUGCAGCAGAGACACGAUGCAGAUGUUGAGAAAAUUCUGGACCGCAAGAAUGGUGAGAUUGAAGAGAUGAAAAGCAUGUACCGGGCCAAGCAGAAGGACUCAGAGGAGAUGAUCCGUAGGCUGGAGAAGAAAGUUCAAAGUGUGCUGCGGGAAUCCCAGGUCAUCUGCGAGAGCAAAGAGAAGCAGAUUGCCGAGCUGAAGAAGAUGUCGGAUCAGAGCGCCGACUCCCUAAAAAAUGAGUGGGAGAAGAAGCUGCAUGCUGCUGUGACAGAGAUGGAGCAGGAGAAGUUUGAAUUGCAGAAGAAACACACUGAGAACAUCCAGGAGCUGCUAGAAGACACCAACGUCAGGCUGGCCAAGAUGGAGGCUGAGUAUGAUGCACGGUCACAGGCAACUGAGCAAACAGUGCGCGAACUGGAGACGCGGGUGAAACAUCUGUCGGUGGAGGUGGAGAAGGGCAACACGCUGCGUCAGAAGGUGACACAGGAGAAGGCCCAGUUGGAGAUCCACAUUGCAUCCAUCAGCGCCGAACUGCAGGAGGCCAACAGACGAAAUACGAUUCUGCAGAAGGAAAAGGAUCAGCAGCGUGAGCAGCACGAGCAGACUGUGCAGAAGCUCCAGGCCAAACACGAAGCUGACAUGAGCCACUUACAUCAGGAACACGCACUGUCUGCUGCUAAGGCCUCUGAGGUGAUGGAGGACUUUGAGAAAACUGUAGCUCAGUUCAAGCAGCAGCUCCUGGACAUUGAACAUCGGCGACACCAAGAAGUUAGGGAUCAAGGGCUAAAGUUUCAGCAGGAAAAAGACGAACUGCAGAUCAACUGUGAGAAGAAGGUUUUGGCCAUCCACAGUGAGGCGGAAAAAGGACGAACAGAGGCCAAGAGGAAGAUAGCCAAACUAGAAGAUGCACUCAGGGAGAUGGAGAGCCAGCUGGACAGAGCCAGGGAAAGUCAAAGGCAGCAGAUCCAGCAGGCAGAUACAGCACUGGAGCAGUUCAAGAAACAGGUGGAGCUUAGCUCUGAGAGGACCUAUGCUGACAUGAAACUCCAGAUGGAGAAGGUAGAGGAGGAUCUGAUCCGCUCCAAGUCCCUCAGGCAGAACCAGGCCAAAGAGUUUUCCCAGCAGCUCGAGGGACUCGGACAGAAAUACGAGCAGCAGAUGGCUGAGCAGCGCAUGCAGCACGAGCAGGAGAGGACGCGGCUACAGCAGCAGCACAGCGCGGAAAAGGACAGCCUGGUCCAGGAGCACCAGCGGGAGGUGAGCAGCCUGGAGAGGCAGGCCAGGGCCGCCUUGCAACAGCACCAACAGCACACCCAGGAGUGGAGGAAGCGCGAUGCCCAGAGGAUUUCAGAUUUGGAAGCCGAGGUGUCGAGUCUCAGCGAGAAACUCCAGGGUGCCCAUGCACAUCAUAAGCAACAGCUGGCUGAGUUGGCACUACUCCGGGAGGAGGAAAAACAAAAAAUGUUCCUGGACAAAGAGGCAUCCCUGGACCGACUCCGCUCUGACGUGGAGUGCAUCCGCAGCGACCUUGAGAGUAGACACCAGCAGGAGAGGGACGCUGCGCAGGAGAAGACCAACAGCAGGUUGAAGCAGAUUGAGAAGGAGUACAGUCAGAAGCUCGCCAAGUCUGCCCAGCUAAUUGCGGAGCUGCAGACGUCUGUGUGUGACUCAAAGGAGGAGGCUGUUCGUCUGCAGCAGGCCACGGAGAAGCAGUUGGAGGAGGCGAAUGCUCGAUGGGAUAAAGAGAGGAGAACAAUGGCUCAGCAUGCCGAUCAGGCCAACAAGGCUCUGCAGGAGAAGGUGGAGAGUCUACAGAGGCAGCUGCACUGCUCGGAGAAGAAGCUGCUCAGCAAAGAGCUCGAGACUGAGGAGAAGGUGACCGUGGUGCGUCAGGAGUACGAGGGGAAGAUCAAAGGUUUGAUGCCAGCAGAGCUCCGACAGGAACUGGAGGACACCAUCACCUCUCUGAAAGCUCAGGUUAACUUCCUUCAGAAGAGGGCCGCGGUGCUACAGGAAGACCUGGAUGCCUGUCGCAGCAGGAGGUAACCAUGGGAGAACCACAGCCUGACCCUCCGCCGGGAUAUGAAGGAUAAGACGACCAAUCAGAUGUGAGCAUUAUUGACUGUUGCAUGUAUUUUACACACUUCUCAUGCCACUGGAUGAGUCCUCUCUUCGUUUCAUGAGCUGUUGUCUCUAAUAUGAACUAUUUAUUCUUUGUCAAGUUUGUCUUGGUGGGAAAAAUAUAUAUUUUAUGUUGAAAACCACUGACAUUGUUUUUUUGUUUUUUUAUUAUUUUUUUUUUAUAUACAUGUCAUUAACUUGAUUUUAUUGUUAUUGAUGUUUGAUAUCAGUUUUCCAGAAUCCAUCAGUUUUAAUAAAAAGGAUUUUCAUCACA